CCUUAUAAAGAAAAUAAAUAAAUAAACAAAAAAUAAAAAAAUAAAAAAUAAAAAAUAAAAGAAUUAUGAGACCUGAUAUAAUAAAAUUCAUUUUCUUCUCGCUUUGCUUCAUUUCCUUGGCCUGGAUUGUUACAGGAGGAAGAGUGGCCGGUGGAGGAGGAGGAGGAGGAGGAAAAACUGGUGGACCAAAAGGAGGAGCAGUUGCAGCGACGAAGCAAUCGGGUGGCUCCGGCACUUUCAACGUCAAGAACUUCGGCGCUAAAGGCGAUGGAAGAAAUGAUGAUAGCAAAGCUUUCACGGCGGCAUGGAAGGCAGCAUGUGGGUCCAAAGGUCCAGUGAAGCUUUUCAUACCAAAAGGGACCUUCUUAUUGGGUCCCAUUAAAUUCGUGGGUCCCUGCAACACCGUUGAUUCUUUUACCGUCCAGAUGCAGGGUUUCUUGAAGGCAUCCACAGAUCUGAGUAGGUAUGGUUCUUCUGAAGAUUGGAUCGAGUUUGGAUGGGUGGAAGGGUUGACUUUGACUGGAGGUGGUACCUUUGAUGGCCAAGGAGCUGCAUCCUGGCCGUUCAAUAAAUGCCCCACCAAUGUCAAGUGCAAGGUUCUUCCUACAAAUGUGAAGUUUGUUCAGAUGACAAACACAAUAGUGAAGAGCAUAACCUCCUUAAAUAGUAAGUUCUUCCACAUUGCUGUGCUGGACUGCAAGAACUUCAAAGGAAGUGGGAUCAGGAUCUCCGCCCCAGGAAACAGCCCUAACACAGAUGGUAUCCACUUGGAGCGGAGCAGCGAUGUUACCAUCUCCGAUUCUGUGAUUGGAACCGGCGACGAUUGUGUCUCCAUCGGACAAGGCAAUACUAAUGUUCACAUCAAGGGCGUUAGCUGUGGACCUGGUCACGGCAUCAGCGUUGGAAGCUUGGGAAAAUAUCAGGAUGAAGGGGAUGUAACUGGGCUUGUUGUUAGAGAUUGCACGCUCAGUGGGACAAUGAACGGAGUUAGGAUCAAGACAUGGGCCAAUUCACCGGAUUCUAGUGUGGCCUCCAACAUGACCUUUGAGGACAUUGUCAUGAACAAUGUGGCUAAUCCCAUCAUCAUCGACCAGACCUAUUGUCCUUAUAGUACCUGUGAUUCUAUGGCACCAUCACGAGUGAAGUUAAGUGACUUAUACUUCAGGAACAUAAGAGGAACAUCAUCUUCUCCAGUGGCUGUGACAUUGGAGUGCAGCAAAGGGGUGCCAUGUCAGAAUGUGAAUUUUGAGGAAGUUCACUUGGACCUUGCCAGAUCAGGAGGAAACAUCGCCAAGUCAUCGUGUCGCCAUGUGGCAGUCAAAUAUAGUGGAACUCAGAUUCCUCCACCAUGCUCCAUGAAUGCCAAUAUUCACAACUAAGGAAUGGACAUAAUAGUAAUCACUCCUAAUUAAGGGGCCUCUCUCAUUUACAAGGAAGAAGGGAUCAAGAGACGAUGGGUUUACUCAAGCAGCAGCCGUCCUUACCCCUCUUGUGACUUAGGUUCUGUUGUUGGGAAUUUUUGUAAAUUUAUAUGAUACUUAGUUUGUCAUGGUAAGUGUAAUUGUAUCAUACUAUUUUACCUGGUGGGCCCUCCUUUCACUCGAGAGGCUUAGUUGUUGUAAUUUCUAAAUUAAUGUGGCAAGAUCAUAUUAUAAGUA